UAGACUGCAUAGGAGGGAAAUGACUCGGCGAAGUGCUGCUUCAUACCUUGAUAUUUUUUUUUGGUGGUCACUUGUGGCCAUGACUAUGCUUCUUGCUCAGGCUGAAAAGCCGGCUACAUAUAUAUUCGGAGACUCUGCUGUUGAUGAUGGGACCAACGAUUACGUAGAGGGAUGCCUAGCCAUGGCAGAUUUCCUUUUCAAUGGCAUCGACCUUCUGAGAUUGUUGGGAUAUAAGAGAAGUCCACCACCAUAUUACUACCAUGUCGUCCAUCCCUCUGCUUUCAAGCAGAACAUCCUCUAUGGCGUCAACAUUAAAAGAUGUACCAUAUUACUACCUUGUCAUUCAGGAGGAGCUGGAAUUCUGAAUGAAACAGGACAGACACUAUAUGUCAGUUUCAUUUCCUCCGUCCAGCAGUUUUCAUAUGUCCGCGAAGUCAUCACCAACAUGACUGGUAGUGAACAAGCUACCAGUUCCAAGGCUUUCUUUCUCAUCAGCGUUGGAAGCAACCACUUGUUUGACUAUCUGAACAACCAAACAGUGUCUCCACAGGAGUUCCUGCAGACUACACUAACAGCGUACCAAACGCAUGGAUUCUACAACGGAACUGAUGACUUCUUAAGCAGUUUCAGUUAUGCAUAUCCGGAUGUGAAGUAUUCACUUGGAAAUAUAUUCCAAAUGACUAAUUACAUCAUAGAUGAUCCGUUAGCUUUUGGUAAACAGUUUUUAUCCUUCUCCAAUUUUCCUUCUUUUUAUCUCUCCGUCUACUCCUUAAUGCUCAUGGAUUUUCCAGCUGCUAAACUUUAUAGGUAUCAUCCAACUGAGGCUGUUUCAGAGUUGGCAGCACUAACCCUCUUUGGGGGUUCAGUAGAACUUGUCAAACCAGUGAACUUCAGUCAGUUGUUGCAGGUUAAUGGCCAAGAGAUAUUCCAUUAAAUGCCAUCAAUCUCUGAUCACAAAACAGGAGUGCUUGAUGUUUCCUCUUCAAUUAGUCCAAGCAUUAAUAAGAAGUUGCAGCUAAGAACUAUACUAUUUAUCGGCCAUCUGAUUCAAUAAGAAUAAUGCUGCUAGGUUUUUUUUUUUUUUUUGUAAGAAUAAUGCUAUUUGAUGUUACUAUCAUUAUAAAGCAUACUAGUUCAU